UUUAUUUGAGUGGAACAGCUAUAAAAGAGCUGCCUUCAUCAAUUGAUGGUUUGACAGCCCUUACUUCAUUGCUUCUCAAAGAUUGUAAGAAUCUUGUAUGCCUUCCUAGCGCCAUUUGUAGUCUGAAAUUGCUGCAAUGUCUUUAUCUUUCUGGAUGCGCAAAUUGUGACAACUUGCCGGUGAACCUAGGGAAUCUCAAAGGUCUCAAGAAGCUUUAUUUGAGUGGAACAGCUAUAAAAGAGCUGCCUUCAUCAAUUGAUGGUUUGACAGCCCUUACUUCAUUGCGUCUCAAAGAUUUUAAGAAUCUUGUAUGCCUUCCUAGCGCCAUUUGUAGUCUGAAAUUGCUGCAAUGUCUUUAUCUUUCUGGAUGCGCAAAUUGUGACAACUUGCCGGUGAACCUAGGGAAUCUCAAAGGUCUCAAGAAGCUUUAUUUGAGUGGAACAGCUAUAAAAGAGCUGCCUUCAUCAAUUGAUGGUUUGACAGCCCUUACUUCAUUGCGUCUCAAAGAUUUUAAGAAUCUUGUAUGCCUUCCUAGCGCCAUUUGUAGUCUGAAAUUGCUGCAAUGUCUUUAUCUUUCUGGAUGCGCAAAUUGUGACAACUUGCCGGUGAACCUAGGGAAUCUCAAAGGUCUCAAGAAGCUUUAUUUGAGUGGAACAGCUAUAAAAGAGCUGCCUUCAUCAAUUGAUGGUUUGACAGCCCUUACUUCAUUGCGUCUCAAAGAUUUUAAGAAUCUUGUAUGCCUUCCUAGCGCCAUUUGUAGUCUGAAAUUGCUGCAAUGUCUUUAUCUUUCUGGAUGCGCAAAUUGUGACAACUUGCCGGUGAACCUAGGGAAUCUCAAAGGUCUCAAGAAGCUUUAUUUGAGUGGAACAGCUAUAAAAGAGCUGCCUUCAUCAAUUGAUGGUUUGACAGCCCUUACUUCAUUGCGUCUCAAAGAUUUUAAGAAUCUUGUGUGCCUUCCUAGCACCGUUUGUAGUCUGAAAUUGCUGCAAUGUCUUGAUCUUUCUGGAUGCCCAAAUUGUGACAACUUGCCGGAGAACCUAGGGAAUCUCAAAGGUCUCAAGAAGCUUUAUUUGAGUGGAACAGCUAUAAAAGAGUUGCCUUCAUCAAUUGAUGGUUUGAUAGCCCUUACUUCAUUGCGUCUCAAAGAUUGCAAGAAUCUUGUGUGCCUUCCUAGCACCAUUUGUAGUUUGAAGUUGCUGGAAUGUUUUGAUCUUUCUGGAUGCUCAAAUUGUGACAACUUGCCGGAGAACCUAGGGAAUCUCAAAGGUCUCAAGUAUCUUUAUUUGAGUGGGACAGCUAUAAAAGAGCUGCCUUCAUCAAUCGAUGGUUUGACAGACCUUACUUCAUUGAUUCUCCAAGGUUGUAAGAAUCUUGUGUGCCUUCCUACCACGAGUUGUAGUUUGAAAUGGUUGGAAUGUCUUGAUGUUUCUGGAUGCUCAAAUUGUGACAACUUACUAGAGAACCUAGGGAAUCUCAAAGGUCUCAAGAUGCUUCGUUUGAGUGGAACAGCUAUAAAAGAGCUGCCUUCAUCAAUUGAUGGUUUGACAACUCUUACUUCAUUGAUUCUCCGAGGUUGUAAGAAUCUUGUGUGCCUUCCUAGAACCAUUUGUAGGCUGAAAUUGCUGGAAUCUCUUGAUCUUUCUGGAUGCUUAAAUUUUGACAACUUGCCGGAGAACCUAGGGAAUCUCGAAGGUCUCAAGUAUCUUUCUUUGAGUGGAACAGCUAUAAAAGAGUUUCUUUCAUCAAUCGAUGGUUUGACAGACCUUACUUCAUUGAUUCUCCAUGGUUGUAAGAAUCUUGUGUGCCUUCCUAGCACCAUUUGUAGUUUGAAAUUGCUGCAAUGUCUUGAUGUUUCUGGAUGCUCAAAUUGUGACAACUUGCCGGAGAACCUAGGGAAUCUCAAAGGUCUCAAGAUGCUUCGUUUGAGUGGAACAGCUAUAAAAGAGCUGCCUUCUUCAAUUGAUGGUUUGACAGCUCUUACUUCAUUGAUUCUCCAAGGUUGUAAGAAUCUUGUGUGUCUUCCUGGCACCAUUUGUAGUCUGAAAUUGCUGGAAUCUCUUGAUCUUUCUGGAUGCUUAAAUUUUGACAACUUGCCGGAGAACCUAGGGAAUCUCGAAGGUCUCAAGUAUCUUUCUUUGAGUGGAACAGCUAUAAAAGAGCUGCCUUCAUCAAUCGAUGGUUUGGCAGCCCUUACUUCAUUGAUUCUCCAAGGUUGUAAGAAUCUUGUGUGUCUUUCUAGCACCAUUUGUAGUUUGAAAUUGCUGGAAUCUCUUGAUCUUUCUGGAUGCUUAAAUUUUGACAACUUGCCGGAGAACCUAGGGAAUCUCGAAGGUCUCAAGUAUCUUUCUUUGAGUGGAACAGCUAUAAAAGAGCUGCCUUCAUCAAUCGAUGGUUUGGCAGCCCUUACUUCAUUGAUUCUCCAAGGUUGUAAGAAUCUUGUGUGUCUUUCUAGCACCAUUUGUAGUUUGAAAUUGCUGGAAUCUCUUGAUCUUUCUGGAUGCUUAAAUUUUGACAACUUGCCGGAGAACCUAGGGAAUCUCGAAGGUCUCAAGUAUCUUUCUUUGAGUGGAACAGCUAUAAAAGAGCUGCCUUCAUCAAUCGAUGGUUUGACAGCCCUUACUUCAUUGAUUCUCCAAGGUUGUAAAAAUCUUGUGUGCCUUUCUAGCACCAUUUGUAGUUUGAAAUUGCUGGAAUCUCUUGAUCUUUUUGGAUGUUUUUAUUUUUACAACUUGCUGGAGAACCUAGGGAAUCUCAAAGGUCUCAAGUAUCUUUAUUUGAGUGGAACAGCUAUAAAAGAGCUGCCUUCAUCAAUCGAUGGUUUGACAGCUCUUACUUCAUUGAUUCUCCAAGGUUGUAAGAAUCUUGUGUGCCUUCCUAGCACCAUUUGUAGUUUGAAAUUGUUGCAAUGGCUUGAUGUUUCUGGAUGUUCAAAUUGUGACAACUUGCCAGGGAACUUAGGGAAUCUCAAAGGUCUCAAGAUGCUUCGUUUGAGUGGAACAACUAUAAAAGAGCUGCCUUCAUCAAUUGAUGGUUUGACAGCUCUUACUUCAUUGAUUCUCCAAGGUUGUAAGAAUCUUGUGUGCCUUCCUAGCACCAUUUGUAGUUUGAAAUUGCUGGAAUGUCUUGAUGUUUCUGGAUGCUCAAAUUGUGACAACUUACUAGAGAAUCUAGGGAAUCUCAAAGGUCUCAAGAUGCUUUGUUUGAGUGGAACAGCUAUAAAAGUGCUGCCUUCAUCAAUUGAUGGUUUGACAACUCUUACUUCAUUGAUUCUCCAAGGUUGUAAGAAUCUUGUGUGCCUUCCUAGCACCAUUUGUAGUUUGAAAUUGCUGCAAUGGCUUGAUGUUUCUGGAUGCUCAAAUUUUUACAACUUGCUGGAGAACCUAGAGAAUUUCAAAGGUCUCAAGUAUCUUUAUUUGAGUAGAACAGCUAUAAAAGAGCUGCCUUCAUCAAUCGAUGGUUUGAUAGCUCUUACUUCAUUGAUUCUCCAAGGUUGUAAGAAUCUUGUGUGCCUUCCUAGCACCAUUUGUAGUUUGAAAUUGCUGGAAUGUCUUGAUGUUUCUGGAUGCUCAAAUUGUGACAACUUACUAGAGAACCUAGGGAAUCUCAAAGGUCUCAAGAUGCUUUGUUUGAGUGGAACAGCUAUAAAGGAGCUGCCUUCAUCAAUUGAUGGUUUGACAGCUCUUACUUCAUUGAUUCUCCAAGGUUGUAAGAAUCUUGUGUGCCUUCCUAGCACCAUUUGUAGUUUGAAAUUGCUGGAAUGUCUUGAUGUUUCUGGAUGCUCAAAUUGUGACAACUUACUAGAGAACCUAGGGAAUCUCAAAGGUCUCAAGAUGCUUUGUUUGAGUGGAACAGCUAUAAAGGAGCUGCCUUCAUCAAUUGAUGGUUUGACAGCUCUUACUUCAUUGAUUCUCCAAGGUUGUAAGAAUCUUGUGUGCCUUCCUAGCACCAUUUGUAGUUUGAAAUUGCUGGAAUGUCUUGAUGUUUCUGGAUGCUCAAAUUGUGACAACUUACUAGAGAACCUAGGGAAUCUCAAAGGUCUCAAGAUGCUUUGUUUGAGUGGAACAGCUAUAAAGGAGCUGCCUUCAUCAAUUGAUGGUUUGACAGCUCUUACUUCAUUGAUUCUCCAAGGUUGUAAGAAUCUUGUGUGCCUUCCUAGCACCAUUUGUAGUUUGAAAUUGCUGGAAUGUCUUGAUGUUUCUGGAUGCUCAAAUUGUGACAACUUACUAGAGAACCUAAGGAAUCUCAAAGGUCUCAAGAUGCUUCGUUUGAGUGGAACAGCUUUAAAUGUGCUGCCUUCUUCAAUUGAUGGUUUGACAGACCUUACUUUAUUGAUUCUCCAAGGUUGUAAAAAUCUUGUGUGCCUUCCUAGCACCAUUUGUAGUUUGAAAUUGCUGGAAUCUCUUGAUCUUUCUGGAUGCUCAAAUUUUGACAACUUGCCCGAGAACCUAGUGAAUCUCAAAGGUCUCAAGUAUCUUUCUUUGAGUGGAACUGCUAUAAAAGAGCUGCCUUCAUCAAUCGAUGGUUUGACAGCCCUUACUUCAUUGAUUCUCCAAGGUUGUAAAAAUCUUGUGUGCCUUCCUUGCACCAUUUGUAGUUUGAAAUUGCUGGAAUCUCUUGAUCUUUCUGGAUGCUCAAAUUAUGACAGCUUGCCGGAGAACCUAGGGAAUCUCAAAGGUCUCAAGAAUCUUCACUUGAGUGGAACAUCUAUAAGAGAGCUACCUUCAUCAAUUGAUGGUUUGACAACCCUUACUUUAUUGAUUCUUAAAGAUUGUAAGAAUCUUGUGUGUCUUCCUAGCUCCAUUUGUAGUUUGAAUUCACUUGAAGGGCUUGAUCUUUGUGGUUGCUCAAAUUUUGACAACUUGCCGGAGAACCUAGGGAAUCUCAAAGGUCUCAAGAAUCUUCACUUGAGUGAACUUCUGUAAAAGAGCUGCCUUCAUCAAUUGAUGGUUUGACAAUCCUUACUUCGUUGAGUCUUAACGAUUGUAAGAAUGUUGUGUGUCUUCCUUGCACCAUUUGUUGUUUGAAUUCAUUUGAAGGGCUUGAUCUUUGUGGGUGCUCAAAUUUUGACAUAGUGCCGGAGAACCUAGGAAAUCUCAAAGGUCUCAAGAAUCUUCACUUGGGUGGAACAGCUAUAAAAGAGUUGCCUCCAUCAAUUGAUGGUUUGACAACUCUUACUUCAUUGACUCUUAGGAGUUGCAAAAAUCUUGUGUCUUCCUAACUCAAUUUGUUGUUUGAUAUCGCUAGAAUGUCUUGAGAUUUCUGGGUGCUCAAGUUUUGAAUACUUGCCAGAGAAUCUAGGGAUUGUCAAAGGCCUAAAGAAGCUUGGUUUGAGUGGAACAGCUAUAAAAGAGUUGCCUUCAUCAAUUGAACAUUUGAUACACCUUACUUCAUUGACUUUGCUUGAUUGCUUUAAACUUGUGUGUCUUCCUAACACAACUUGUGGUUUUAAGUUCCAUGGCACUCUUGAUCUUUCUACAUGCUCAAGAUUCAUAAACUUGCCAGAGAUCCCAUGGAUAAUCGAAGGUCUAUUGAUGCUUGAUUUGAGUAAUAUAGUUAUAGAAGAGAUGCCUUCAUCAAUUGGCCGUUUGACUAACCUUAUUGCAUUGACUCUUAAGAUUUUGCAUAAAUCUUGUGUGCCUUCCUAGCACCAUUUGUAGUUUGAAAUCGCUUAAAUCUCUUGAUCUUUUUGGAUGCUUAAAAUUCAAAAACUUGCCAAAGAACAUAGGAAAUAUGAAAGAUUUGGAGGUGCUCAAUUUGUGUUGGACAUCCAUAAUCGAGUUUCCUUCUUCCAUUGUUCUCCUUAAAAAUCUCAAACAUCUAUAUAUUCGUGGAUGGAAAUUAUCUGAAUUUUUUUCGAAGUCAGCAAGUCUUGAGUUGAUGGACCCAUUAUUGAAUUUACCAUUUUCCCAGCCAACGAGUCCUCUGGAGUGCAUAGGAUUGCCGUCAUUUUUAUAUUCUUCCCUGCCAACAAGUCCUGUUUUAGUGGGCUUAUUAUUGCCUUCCUUAUUGGGUCUGCAUUCUUUAACAUAUUUGCAUAUUAAUGAUUGCGAUCUUUUGUCAAUCCCCGAUGACAUUGGCUGCUUGACAUCUUUAGAAUGCUUAAACCUAAGUGGAAAUAAUUUUGUUUCUCUUCCUGAAAGCAUGUCCCAACUCUUUAAUCUUCGAAGACUCUAUUUGGAGGGUUGCAAGAGGCUUCAAUCAUUGGGAAAGGUUCCGUCAACUAUUGAUUCUGUAAUUGCAAACGAUUGUAGCUCACUGGAGAGAUUGCCAGAACUACAAUUUUAUCCUUUUAUGUCAGAUCACUCCCUUUUCCAAUGUUUCAACUGCUUCAAAUUGGUUGACUAUAUUCAAAAUGGCAGUAACAUGCUUCAGGGACUACCAAAUAUUGUUAUUCCUGGAGGUGAAAUUCCAAAAUGGUUUAGCAAUGAGUUUCAGGGUGAUAAUAUACAAUUGUCUUUUCCUAGGUGUGAUGAGCUAAUGGGAAUUGUGUUGUGUGUUGUUUUUGUACCCAAUGGGUCACAUCAAUAUCAUAGAAAUUGGAAUUUUACAUGUAUUUUUCAGCUCAAUGGACUUAAGAUUGCAGAUUUCUCACAAUCUUAUUAUUUUACGACAAAAUAUGGUAGAAUUGAAUCACCUCAUAUUUGGCUGCUAUAUUUGUCCACUCACCAUUCCUCCAAUUGGGGCAAAAUAUGUAGUCGCAUUGAUGCCAAUGGAUUCAGUCAACUCAAGAUUCAAAUAUUUGCAGAGGUGGUGGAGAAAAUUGUGGUUCAGUUGGUAUACAAGCAAGACAUGGAAGAUCCCAAUCAAACCAUGGCGCAGUGCAUCAGCAACAACAGCACACUGUAUGAGGAUUUUGGUGUAGUACAUCAUGAUAUUGACAAUUCACCCAUAGAAAGUAGCAAAAUAAGCAAAGCCGUGAUGUGGAUGAUGGGGCUGGACCUAGUAGAGAAGGCUACUCUAAUGAGGAACCACAGCCAAAGUGGAUUCAAAGGGAAAUUUUCGACGACUUUGCCAUGGAAGGAGGGGAUCAAAUAUCCAAGAAGCUUGAAUCCAUUCAUGGAGGGAAGAAGGAUAUUUACCAAGACAUUGAAGAUCCCAAUCAAACUUUGACACAGUUAAGCAUUAACAGCAGGAAGCUCUAUGAGGAACUGGGUGAUCUCAGCCAUGAUUCUUACAAUUCAGCUGCAGAAGUUAGCAGAAAUAAGCGAAGACUUGAUGAGGAAGAUGGGGCUGAACCUAGCGGAGAAGGCUACUCUAACAAUGAACCACAUCCAAAGACUUGGAGGAUGUAUGGCUGAUAUUAGGAACGUUUCGAAUUCUUUGCCUGAGAGUGCUACUAUAAUGAGGAUCCACAGCCAAAGAGCAUUCAAAACUCAAAGGAUUAAUAGCUGAUUUUGAAGAAUCUAAUGAAAAUGACCUGGAAGGCUAAACGUUUGCUGUUCAUUACCUGUAAGUCAUUACUUUUCUUCCUACCAAUUUCAAAAUAUUGUGAUACUUGUACCUUAGUGGCACCUUUUGGCACUCACAUCCAAAUUGACCCAAACUCAAAAAUUAAUAUCAUGCCGUAUCACCUUUUUUUUUUUUUUUUUUUCAUGUGGGAAUAACACAAAUUUUUCUUGUUGGUGAACUUUUAUUUAAUUAAUGGAAUGAUUGGGUCAAACGUCUGAGAAGCUUGAAGCCUUUGCCAAAGUGGAUAGUUAGAAGAGCGUCAAUGUAGAAGUAUUAGCCAAGUAGCUAUGCUCCUCUCACACUCACCUUGGGCUCUUGCGAAAGUGGUCAAGGACCCAAAAUGCUCAAGCAUUUAAAUUAACUGUCAAUUGGCUCUUAUUAUUGAUUAAAUCUCUUCUUUUUUUUUUUUUUUUGGUGUCCUCCAAAUGUAAUGCUCUGGUAAACUUCUAAUGCAAUACAGAUAUAAAUCCUUCCUAUCAACCCCUUCUUGUUAACACAAAGUUACUAUCAAAUGGGUUGGAGAAGUAUAAUGGAAGCGAGAAAGGUUGCACAGUUGAGUUACUGUUGGAUGAUAGUGAUGGAAUACAGGUUAACAUCUGGGAAGAUAGGCAGCUGCUGACACCAAGUACAUUCAGGGUGGUUUUUCUCAGAAAUCCUCAAUCUGCAGCAAACUAUGUGUGUGACGUGCUGGAUGGUAAUGCAAAGACUUGCAGAAGGAUUGUUCUGGACAGUUUGUUCAUGCCACAAGAAGCUGUUAUCAUUCAAAGCAUUCCGUGAAAUUCUCAACAUUUUGAUUACAGUAUCUUUUGGGUGGGCGCAGAAAUUGGAGAUUUUCCAAUUUGGAUUGCAUAUGAUUUGUCAGACCAUGAGGCAGUUUCAGGUUUAGAAGAGGCUUCAAACAAUCACAGCUCAACAAUUAUGUGGAAGAAACUGUGGAAGGCUCGGGUGCCUAACAAGAUUGUUUUUCAUGGCCUGCUCUUCAGUUUAUCUUACCCACAAAGCCUCAUCUAUUUUCCAAAUGCAUCAUCUCGUUGGUAAUUUGUGAGCAGUGUAAUGAAGUUCCUGAAACCAGUUUACAUGCUUUGUGGUCUUGCCCAGACGCCAAAGGUAUGGCAAUUACUUUAAGGCAUAAACUUUAUCCCACACUAACCUAUAACUUGACUGAUCUAUUCUACUGGAUGCUGCACCACAAGAAUACUUUGUCACUGAAACUAUUUCCCACUCUGUCAUGGAAAUUAUGGCGCACAGAAAUGUAGAAAGAUUUGGGGAACCAGGAGUACAGAAAUCCACUUGGUAUAUAUAGGUAUGUUGAUGCAUGAACACUACUUGGCUGCAAAAUUUCGUCUGAGAUACUGCAGAAAAUACAUAUCCUAAUAUGGAAGCCCCCACAGUUACCUUACUCCAAGGUAAAUGUUGCAGUGAUUAGAGAUUUCAAUGUAAAUUUUGUUGCAGCUAAGGUUGAGGCGAUUGUGAGCCAAUGCUGGCUGGAGGCUCAUUUUGCAGGAUUCUGGCAUGUCCUACAAUUUUUUAACCAGCAGGGAAUUCAAGAGUUUCAACUUGAGAGCCACUUUAGUAUUGCCAAAUUGCCAUUGCUGCUUCUAACAUGGAUUCCCUGCUUCUAACAUGGAUUCCCUGCCGCCGCCGCGCCCACCCACCCUUCCACACCACACAAAAAAAAAUGACCUGAAAUGCUCUGUUCAACAAAGUGAAACUAGCAAUAUCUAAUUUCAGAUGCUGCGAGUUUAAUUUUGUGGACAAAAGUUGUAAUAAUGCUCCUCUAGUUUUAGCAGAUCUUGGAUGUAAAAAUUGCGCCACUGAGAUUUGGCUACUUGAUAAUUUUGUGAAAUGCAAUGUAAAUUCUGCCGCUUUUAUUUAAAA